AUGAGGUUCCACGAAUGCUCCAAGGCUGAAGAGGAGGCCCCGGCCACACAAACUCCCAACGAGGCCACCGCUCACGAAGGCCAAGCUCAGGGGAAAGCUCCAAAACGAGGCGAAACCCUUAAGACAGCCGCACACCGGAAGCCGAGCAGGCAGCUGACAGGGCCUACUGUGGGCCGGGGCGCCCAGCCAGCAUUGGGAGGCGGGACCCACGUGAAAGAGCGCAGAGUUUUGGAAACUGCAAAGCCAACUGCUUGUCAUUUUUGCACUGCUGACAACAGCAAGGUCUCCUAUAAAGAACUCAAAGGCUUGCUGGAAUCCAAGUCUGUUUUCCUCAUUGAUGUCAGGGAGAAAUGGGAAAUUGCAGAAUAUGGACAAAUCCCUGGGUCCAUCAGCAUUCCAUUGGGUGAGAUCGUGGAAGCUUUGCAGAUGAACCCGCAACAUUUCAAAGAGAGAUACAGCCAUGAUAUGCCUUCUAAAGCCGACUGUUUAGUCUUUUCCUGUUUGGCCGGAGUAAGAAGCAACCAAGCUCUAAUUUCUGCAAAGACUCUGGGUUUUAGCAGGGCUCAGCAUUAUGCUGGUGGUUUCAAAGGGUGGACAGAAUAUGAAUCUUCAGAAAAGAAGUGACUUUUGCAAUAAAGUAUUCCACAUCCUGAAAACUACACAGGGAACAGCUAGCAUUCUGUAAUGUUUCUGAAGGGCUGUACACAUUUUGGAAUGGUUUGUAUGUAGCUGAGUAUAGGCUACAUUAGACAGGAGGCAAGAACUGAAAUGUGCUUCUGGCGUUUUGUCUGAUCAUUCAAUGUUGUGGAAAUUUUUUUCAAAGACUGCUGGACCAACCACCAACUUUGAAAUUUCCUCUUAAUUGACAAUGUGUCUUCACUAAGGAAAUCUGCAGCUGAUCAUUGUGGUAAUUUUAUCAUUAGGGAUUUCUUUUCCUUUAAUAGUAGGCUAUGUUUUGAUUAUUACUUGUGUAUAGUAUCUCUUUAGUAAUUAACUUUUAUCAUAAGACUAGCAGAACUAGGUUAGUAAGAAAAUGUUACAUCAAACAACUGUAGCUACUUUUCCUAGUAAUUUCUGCUGAACAUGAAAAGGAACUGAAAUGUUCAGCCCAUCUAAAUAAGGGAUUGGGUUUCUUUUCCCUGGAAUCCAUUCAGAGUGGUCUUAACCGACGAGAUAGGCUGGAUAUAAAUAAAUAAAUAAAUACUUGUGUAUUUCUGCACAGAAUUAAAAUCACCUCAGUGUGGUGUAGUGGGUACAGUGACGGGACUAGGACUUAGAAGGCCUAAGGUUCAAAUCCCACUCAGCCAUGGUUGCUCAGAGGAGAGGGAUGGAACUGGUAAAAUCAUUCAAAUAUCUCACUUAUUCUGAAAGCUCGAUUAGGGUCACUGUAAGCUGGUUCCAACUUGACUGCUUAUCAUACACACAGAAUUUUGUUUAGGCAGCGAGAAAUAAUCAGAAUACAAACUUAAAACACUACAUCUAUAGUCAGACACUGUUAUCACAAAAUUAGAUUAGGUGGAUGAUCUUGUAACUAAACAAUUUUUGUUGAUUUCAGUGCAUUUGGGUUCCAUUCUAUAUAAUAUACUGUUUUAUGUAGUAUCUUGUCAUAAUGAAUGUCCUUUAGCUUUGGAAUAAAACUAGUCAAACUUG